CGCCUUCACACAGGUGUGUUUCUCCUGAGGUGAUGAAAAAUAAAAGAAGCCAGAGUGAGCCGAGUAUCGCCGGACACAGAGGACGUGUCCGGACGCAGCAGGGCUGCGAAGCAGCAGGAUGAUCCCUGUGGGGGAAUUUAAAAGUCUCGGAACCGAGCUGAACUCCAGGUUUCGGGUUCUGAAGCCCUGGUGGGAUGUUUUCUCCGAGUACCUGUGCAUCGCUAUGCUCAUGAUUGGAGUUUUUGGAUGUACUAUACAGCUAACCCAGGAGAAAAUUGCAUGUCUGCCAAGCCACUUCACCAGCCCAACGCCGGAUGCAAUCGACUGCAGCCACAUCCGCAGCUACAGGGAGAACGAAACAUCGCAGAGUGCUUCGGACAAGCCGGAAAACCCCAUCCUUCAGGAGGUGUUUGGUCGCAAGAACAACCUGGACAUCCACCAGUAUGUGUUCAUCAACCACUACUGCUAUGAAAGGGAAGUACACUGGUAUGCAAAGUACUUCCCUUACCUCGUCGUGAUCCACACCAUGAUGUUCAUGGUGGCGAGCAGCUUCUGGUUUAAGUUCCCCGGUACCUCCUCCAAAAUCGAUCUGUUUGUCUCCAUCCUCACCAAGUGCUUUGACUCGCCCUGGACGACGAGGGCCUUGAAUGAGGUUUCAGAGGAAAGAGGCGAGGAGAAGCUGGUGAUCUUAAGGAGCAACACCGUUUUAAAGAAUCCGGUAGAACAGCGAGCAGACGAGGAGGAGACCAUAGGGCUCCUGCGGUCUGCCUCGGUCAAGUCCAAUCCAGAAAAGAAAGUCGCAGAACCUCAGACGACUCUCUCUGUGCUGGACAAGAAGGAGGGGGAGCAGGCCAAAGCUCUUUUUGAAAAGGUGAAGAAGUUUCGAACUCAUGUGGAGGAGGCGGACCUCUUGUAUCUCAUGUAUGUGCUGCAAACGUCACUCAAGGUUCUCCAGUUCCUGAUCAUCAUUGUCUACACAGCGGUCCUGGUGCAGAACAUUGAAACAAUCGUACGUUGUUACGUUCCUCUCGAGCUGACUGGAUUCAGUGUUUUUUGCUGUAACCACAACAAAGCCCACCUGUUCUCCAAGCUGGCCUACUGCUACAUCUGCUUUGUGGGACUGUAUGGAGUCAUGUGCAUCUACACCCUCUACUGGGUGUUCCACCGACCUCUGAAGGAGUACUCGUUUGAGCACGUACGACUGGAGACGGGAAUCAACGACAUACCAGAUAUGAAGAAUGAUUUUGCCUUCCUCCUGCACCUUGUGGACCAGUACGAUCCUCUGUACUCCAAAAGGUUUGCAGUGUUUCUUUCUGAGGUCAGCGAGAGCCGCCUCCAUCAGCUCAACCUCAACUAUGAGUGGACCAACAAAAAGCUGCGCGCCCGGCUCGCCAAGAACUCCAGGGAUCGUCUGGAGCUCCAUCUUUCGAUGUUGCCGGGGCUUCCUGACACUGUUUUUGAGCUUUCUGAACUGGAAUCACUCAAGCUGGAGCAAGUGAAAAAUGUUACCGUCCCAGCUGGAGUGAUAAAGCUGGACUCUCUGCAGGAGUUAUCGCUGAUCUACACUCCUGCAAAGCUUCAGCAGUCUGCCCUGAACCACCUCCAGGAGAAUUUAAAGGUUCUACGUCUGACUUUUGAGAAUCCAGAGGAGAUUCCUGGGUGGAUGUAUACGCUUCAUGGUCUCGAGGAGUUGUAUCUCUCUGGUCCUUUAACCAGUGAGGUAUCCAAGGGUGCCACUUUGGAAUCCCUGCGAGACCUCCAAAAUCUGAACCUCCUCUCCCUCCGAUCCAACCUUAAAAAGAUCCCACCCAGUGUGGCGGAUCUGGCCUCACAGCUACAGCAUUUGAUCAUUCAUAACGAAGGGGUCAAGCUCCAAGCGUUCAGCAGCCUGAAGAAGUUAACAACCMUAGUUUCAUUAGAGCUCUCCGGGUGUGAGCUCGAACGCAUCCCGAGCGCCGUCUUCAGCCUGAGCAAUCUGCAGGAGUUGGACCUGAAGGACAACAAACUCACCACUGUGGAGGAGAUUCUGAGUCUGCAGCACUGCCGGCGUUUGGUGACGCUGCGACUGUGGCACAAUAAGAUCACCUACAUCCCCGAACACAUCAGUAAGCUGUCCACGCUGGAGAUGAUCGACAUCAGCUGGAACAAGCUUCGAAAGCUUCCCUCACGCCUCUUCUACUGCACCAAGCUCAGGCACCUCGACGUCUCCCACAACCAGCUGACGUCUCUUCCCCCUGCCAUCAACAUCCUGCAGGGUCUUCAGUUCUUCUCUGCCGCCUUCAACUCUUUAGAGGCGUUGCCAGAGGAGCUGUUCUCUUGUAAGAGACUGAAGACGCUGGUUCUCGGGAACAACUGCCUGUCAUCUCUUAGCUCCAGAGUGUCCAACCUGGCCCAGCUGGUGCGACUUGAUGUUAAAGGGAACCGCCUGGAGUCUCUACCCGUGGAGCUAGGAGACUGUCCUCUGCUGAGACGCAGUGGGUUGAUAGUCGAGGACAGUCUGUAUGAACUUCUGCCAUUAGAUUUACAAAAGAAGAUGAAUCAUAGCAAGAACUGACGAUUAGGAGCUUCAAMGACUUGUCUUUUUUUGAAGAUGAUGAUGUUGGUCAAUAGUGUUAAUCCAUUCAACCAGGCCGUUGGAUAAGAUAUGUAAGAAACAAUUUAAAAAACUGUAACCUAAACCACAAUCAAUCAAAAAUUGAAAACUGCAGUGGCAGAUUGUGGAUUAUCUCUGCAUAUCUCUACUACAAGAACAAAAAUAUGUGCUGUAAAUGUAUUAUAACUUAUUUUUGUAACUUCAUUCCUUGGGGGAUUCAUGUUUUACUAACAUAGAAAACAUGAUGUUGGAGAAAAAGAUCUAUUUAAGAUCAGACACUGAACAAAACAAGGACUGUGUACUACACACAAAUAAAAACACACAGAGUAAGCUUUGGCCUUAAAACAUUCAUUGCCCUUAUUUUAACUCAAACUCGUGAUGUUUAUCUCCUACUAUUUUUUAUGUCCCCUCUUGUUAAACAUGUUUUUUUAUGUUUUAUUUUUUCAUCUCAAACUGGAUUGACCCACUCUGUUGGGUCAUGUUGUCCCGAUUCAGAAACAAAUGAAGAGUGUAGAACUCCUAUCAGAGAGAUAUAAUGGCUUUAUUUUAUUUAGUCAAAUGAAAGAAAAUAAAUUCAUCCAUGUAUGAAAAUGUAAACCUGAAUGAAAUGUGUAUCGUGGCAUUAUUUUUACAGCAAGAAAGAAUAAAAGCUAAAGUAUUAUGU